AUGCCUGAAGGCCAGUUUGAUCACUCACCUGGUCUAUUGACUGUAUAUCCUAGAAUUGGUGGGGGAAGGAAACCUUUUAAGUAUUUUACAAUGUGGAAGAGUUCUCCUGUUUUCAAUGAUACAAUUCAGGCAGCUUGGAAUACUCAAGUAAGUGGGAGAAAAAUGUUUAUGUUGGUUAGUAAACUGAAGACAGUUAAGAUUGCUCUAAAAGAUCUUAACAAAAGUGGAUUUUCUGAUGUACAAGCUGCUGAUUUGAAUGCUCAUCAUGAUAUGGUAGCUGCUCAAGAGCUCAUGCAUGCAAACCCUACUUAUCAAUGUCUUUCUAACAAAGAGUUAGAAGCUAUUCAGGAGUAUAAGAUCAAACAUAAGGCUUAUUUGGAUUUUUUAAGUCAGAAGGCUAAGCUGGCAUGGAUUAAGGCUGGUGAUGAGAACACAACCCUAUUUCAUCAAAGUAUUAAAAGUAGAAAUAUUCAAAAUCAGGUGUAUAGUAUACAUGAUAAGGAGGGGAGAUGGAGAGACAAGCCUGGUGAGGUUUCAGAGGCAUUUAUUGAGUAUUACAAGUUGCUGCUGGGUAGUGUGCAAGAAUCUAGAACUCCAGUUAUCAAGCAGGCCGGUUGUCCAAAUUGGUCCAGUGUUAAGGCACCAGGACCUGAUGGGUUUGAUGUUUUACAUCAUGGUAAACUGUUAAAGGAAGUGAAUCACACAGUUGUAACUUUAAUUCCUAAGACUAAGUGUCCAAGGAAUGUAGGUGAUUUCAGGCCAAUUUCUUGCUGCAAUACAUUGUAUAAGUGUAUUACUAAAGUCCUGUGUGGUAGAUUGAGACAAGUUCUUCCUGAUCUUAUUUUGGAGAAUCAAGGUGGUUUUGUUCAUGGUAGAUAUUCACAAUAUAAAGGUAGUGCAGGACCUAGUGAGUUUCUGAGAGAAAUGAUGGAAUGCUUGGAGUUUCCAGUGCAGUUUGUUAAUAUAGUAAUGGAAUGUGUCACUACACCUAUGUUUUCUUUGAUGAUCAAUGGCUCAAUGCAUGGUUUUUUCAAAUCCCAGAGAGGUUUGAGACAGGGUGAUCCCAUCUCCCCUCUUCUUUUUGUUAUCUGCAUGGAAUAUUUGUCAAGGAUAUUGCAGAAGAUGAGUGCCUUAUCACAGUUUCAGUUUCAUCCUAGAUGCAAGGAGUUGUUUUCUAACUCUUCUGGUUUGAAAGCCAAUCAUCAGAAACCAUCCAUAUAUUGUCAUGGAAUGUCUGAUGGUGAUGUUCAGAGGGUGGUGGAUGCUUCUGGUUUUGUCAGAAGCACCUUACCAUUUAAAUAUCUGGGAGUUCCCAUCUGUUCCAAAAAGAUUUCUGCAGCUCAGUGUGGGGUUUUGGUGGAUAAGAUGACUGCUAGGAUUAAACUGUGGAGUUCUAGGAAUCUUUCCUAUACAGCUAGAAUGCAGUUAGUUAAUUCUGUCUUGCUUAGCUUGUAUAUGUACUGGACUCAGAUAUAUGUGCUCCCAAAGAGUGUUCUUCAAGAUAUUGUGAAGAUUUGCAGGGCUUUCCUUUGGAGUGGCCAUGCUUACAGUAGUAAACCAAGCAGCAUUGCCUGGGAAAGAAUUUGUUGUGACAAGCAGAGUGGUGGAUUGGGAUUUAGAGAUGUCCUGUUAUGGAAUAUUGCUAGUAUAGGAAAAUAUGUUUGGGCUUUGGCCACUAAACAGGACAAUGUCUGGAUUAAGUGGGUUACCUCGGUUUAUCUAAAGGAUGGGGAAUGGUGGGAUUAUCAGCCUAACAAUACAGCUAGCUGGUAUUGGAAACAGGUAUGCAGUACUAAAGAGAAGCUCAAAAUGGUGUUUACUGAAGCAGAAAUUGGUGCAAUGUCUAAAUAUUCUGCGAAGCAAGUCUAUAACAACCUGGCAGGCAAUAGACCUAAGGUCCAUUGGGACAGAUUGGUGUGGAAUAGGCUUAAUACCCCAAAGCACAGGUUUAUUUCUUGGCUAGCAAUCCAAUCCAGGUUGCAAACUACAGCUAAAAUGGCUAAAAUUGGUAUCAGUAGCUCUGAAAGUUGUUUAAUUUGUGGACAGAAGGAUGAGGAUCAUCACCAUCUUUUCUUUAAUUGUUCUUACAGCAAGCAAUGUUUGGUUGCAAUGAAGGCAUGGUUGGGAAUCAACACUACUGCUGUUGAUUUACAUCAGUUAUAUAGAAGCAUCAAGCAUGGAAGACACUCUAAAUUCAGGAAGCAGGUGUACUAUGCAGCAAUUGUGGCACUGGUGUACUUAAUCUGGAGAUGCAGGAACACUAGUCUAUGGGAUCAGUUGGUUCCUGCUGUUAAAGUUACAGUUGGUACGUUGAAGCAAACUGUGAAGAGUAGAAUUCAAGCAAUCUUGCCUAAAUAUGUAAACAGGAAAGACAAUAGUUGGUUUGUGAGCUUAUAA